AUGAAACAAGAAAAAUUUUUAUUGAUCAAUUGCAUUUUUACUUAAUAACAGCUGAUAAAAGCCUUAAAUUAUUAGCUUUACAUUUCAAAAGCUUAGUGGAUUUUUAACCCAAAAGUAGUUGUUAUAGAAGAGUACAGACAUUUAUACAAAGCAUAAUCUAGAAAUUGGCAUCCCAAAGUAUCUGAAAGCCUUUAUAAAGGCAUAAUAGUUUGAUGGUAUCCCCUAGCUUUCCUCAAAUGUAUCAUCUGUUUCUUUGAGAAUCCAAUUUCUAUUCAGAAAUUAUUUUUCAAAUGUAGAACCGAGGAGAGAAGUUAACUUUUUGAAGGCUAAAAUAUAUUCAAUUAAUGGAAGGCAUCAUAAUGGCUUGAUAGUUAUGGGCAUUAACUAAAAAAUAACAUAAAGUGA